GUCGCCGAUGCGGAAGAGAAAACCCUGGUUGCGGUGCGUUGUGCGUUGCGGCCAGUGCGUGAAGUGUGAAGCCUCUCGUCCGCCGCGAUGUGGAUCAGCGUGGCGGUGAUUUGCGCCGCUGUGGUCGGACUCAUCUUGAAGUAUGUCCUCCGCAGCUCCGGGCCCAACCCGUUCGAGGCGGACACCCGCGAGCCGCCGAAGAAGAUGGUUCACGACCGGAAGGAGAAGAACAAAGUGCUGAAACAAGGUUUCGUUGCCGGCAAAGUCCCCGACAACCUGGACGCCGUCAUCAUCGGCAGCGGGAUCGGUGGGCUCGGACUCGCGGUGCUGCUGGCCAAGGUCGGAAAGAAGGUCCUGGUUCUGGAGCAGCACGAUCGGGCCGGGGGCUGCUGCCACACGUUUACCGAGAAGGGCUUUGAAUUUGAUGUUGGGAUCCACUACAUCGGCGACCUGCUGGACCACAAGCCGUUCCGCUGCAUGCUGGACCAGAUGACCAACGGGCAGCUGCAGUGGGAGCCCCUGGCGAAUCCGUUCGACCACGUGGUCCUGGGACCUCCGGAAAACCGCCGACGCUACCCCAUCUACAGCGGCAGGGACCGCUUCCCCGCGGAGCUGAAGAAGUGCUUCCCCGGGGAGGAGAAGGCCAUCGACGAGUACGUGAAGCUGGCCAAGAAAGCCGGUCGGGGCAUCUGGCUCCUCGCUGUGCUGAAGCUCUGCCCCGUCCCCCUGGCGAAGUUCCUGGUCUACAGCGGCCUGGCCAAACGUCUGUCCUUCUUCUUCAAGAUGGCCCCGCGCAGCCUGACCGAGGUGGUCAACGAGCUGACGGAGAACAAAGACCUCCGCGCCGUCUUCACUUACAUCUUCGGCACCUACGGCAACAUGCCAAAAGAUGCCAGUUUUUCCAUGCACAGCCUGCUGGUCACCCACUACCUGAAUGGCGCCUGGUACCCGAAAGGCGGAGCCACUGAGAUCGCCUACCACAUGAUCCCCAUCAUCGAGAAGGCCGGCGGUGCCGUGCUCGUUCGGGCCCCGGUGAACCGCAUCUUGUUUAACGAUGCCAAGGAGGCGUACGGUGUGAGCGUCAUGAAGGGUCAGGAGGAAAUCCACAUCCAUGCACCCAUGGUCAUCUCCAAUGCCGGAAUAUUCAACACCUACCAGAAGCUGCUGCCCAAAGAGCUCCAGGCCAUGCCGGCCGUCCAGAAGCAGCUCGGUAUGAUGAAGAACGGCGAAGGUGGCCUGAGCGUCUUUCUGGGUCUGACUGGAACCAAGGAGGAGCUGGGCCUGAAGGCGGACAACUACUGGAUCUUCACUGAGAACAACUUUGACGAACUGGUGGAGGAGUACCUGAAAGGAACGAGGGAAGAGUCGGCCAAAAGUGUACCGCUGCUGUUUGUUGCCUCUCCCUCGGCCAAAGAUCCGACCUGGGAGGAGCGAUCACCGGGCAAGUCCACGCUGAGUCUGGUCAGCUUCGCCAACUACGAGUGGUUCGAGGAGUGGAAGGACGGCAAGGUGACCAACAGGGCGGAGGACUACAAGGAGCUGAAACAGGCUUUCAUUGACUCGAUCCUGGAGGUGCUCUUGGGCGUCUUCCCCAAGAUCACCAGAGACAAGAUUGAAUUCAUCGACGCCGGGACCCCCAUCACAAACACGCACUACAUCGGAGCGCCCAAAGGGGAAAUCUACGGCGCGGAUCACGGCGUCGCCCGGUUCAGCCCUGAACUCAACGCCACCGUGAGACCUCAGACUCCGCUGAAGAACCUCUACCUGACAGGCCAGGACGUGUUUGUGUGCGGCUUUGCCGGCGCUCUCGCCGGAGCGCUCACCUGUGGCUCGGUCAUCCUCGACCGCAACCUCCACCUGGACGCCAUCGCCCUGGCGAAGAAAAUUAAACUCAACAGCGCCAAAUGCAAAGGGGAGUAACUUCCCCCGACGGCGACGUUCACCAGAGUGACCGUUCAUUCACUUUAAUUAACCAGCAGCUGAUCAUGCAACAAAACUCCCAACAUCGUGUGUGAGGAGGCUUUAAAGUUCUCCAGCUCAUGAACUACGAAUUCUUGAAGGAAAAGUUUAAUUUUCCACACCGACUCACACAUGUUACAUGUCUGUGUUGUUGAGCUAUAGCCACCUGCACUUUCAAGAGCUAAUAUUACCAAAUGAAAAUACUUUUAUGUAUAAAUAUCAUCCAUACACACAUUCGUUGUGUAGAGUUUAUUAUUUUGUAUUUUUCCGUGCCUGACGUUCUCAUUUGCAGUCUGUAACAAGUUUACAAAGAGUCUUCCCUCCCGUUUGAUGAAAAAAACGGUAAUAAAAAGUGGAUUGCAUUUUAA